UGAAUUAUGAAAACAAAAUCGAACUAAUUUGGAAUGGGAAAGCACUGGAUUGUUCGUCCCUCCUGGACCUUUUUAUAACACGGCUACGAGCAUAGGCGUUUCCCAACUUUGACAAAGUUGGGUUUUGGCAAAAUCGCCCGUUCGUCUACCUGCUUCGGACCCUCCGAAGAUCGUUCAAAAAAAAAGAAAGGAAAAAAGCCUCACAAUAUACAGUGUUUUCUGUGUGAAGGGCCGCCUAUUGAUUGAUCUUUCUUUUCUCUCAUGGGCUCCAAAUACUCAGUCACAUUCUUCUUCUUCUCUCACUUGUAAACUAAGCUAAAAGACCAUCUCUUUCGGUCUUUUCCGGUGCAUUUAUCAGUUGUUUUGUUCGUCGGGUUACGGUGGUGGGUGUAAAAUGGCCAAUUCAUCAGGGUUCUUUACUUCCUCAGUUCCCAGCCUAAGAAGGAGGAUUCAACCUCCGAUAGGGAUAUACCGAUCUGGGCUUCGCUCCCUUGAGGGAUUCUCCAACAGGGUCUUUUGCUCCAGCACCAUUAAAGGUGCAGAGAAACCUUCUUCUGGCGCUUCCCCUGCUGAAUAUCGGGUACCCAGUUUGGUCAGUAAAGGCUGCAAAUUAGUUGGUUGCGGAUCAGCAGCACCCACUCUGAUGAUUUCAAAUGAUGAUCUUGCAAAAAUAGUUGACACUUCUGAUGAAUGGAUAUCUGUUCGAACUGGGAUUCAUAAUCGACGGGUUCUUUCAGACAAGGAUAGCUUAACCACUUUAGCGGUAGAGGCAGCAAGGAAAGCUCUUGAUAUGGCACAGGUUGAUCCUGAUGAUGUGGACCUAGUCUUGAUGUGCACAUCAACACCAGAGGAUCUUUUUGGUAGCGCUCCUCAGAUCCAAAAAGCACUUGGAUGCAAAAGAAAUCCUUUGGCUUAUGAUAUUACAGCUGCAUGUAGUGGAUUUGUGUUGGGUCUGGUAUCAGCUGCUUGUCACAUUAGGGGAGGUGGAUUUCAAAAUGUUCUAGUGAUCGGAGCUGAUGCUCUCUCUCGAUAUGUUGAUUGGACGGAUAGAGGUACCUGUAUUCUCUUUGGAGAUGCUGCUGGUGCUGUACUAGUGCAGGCCUGUGACAGUGAAGAAGAUGGUUUAUUUAGUUUUGACCUGCACAGUGAUGGCGAUGGCCAAAGACAUCUAAAUGCCACCAUGAAAGAAAAUGAAAUGGACAAUGCAGCGGAAUCUAAUGGUUCUGUGUUAGGCUUCCCUCCAAGGCGCUCUUCAUAUUCUUGCAUUCAAAUGAAUGGCAAAGAGGUCUUUCGCUUUGCGGUACGAUGUGUGCCCCAGUCAAUUGAGUCUGCCCUGGAAAAGGCUGGUCUCCCCAGGUCGAGCAUUGAUUGGUUGUUGCUUCAUCAGGCAAACCAGAGGAUCAUUGACGCAGUUGCUACACGCUUAGAAAUCCCACCAGAACGUGUCAUUUCGAAUUUGGCAAAUUAUGGUAACACUAGUGCUGCUUCCAUUCCAUUAGCAUUGGACGAAGCUGUUCGGAGUGGGAAGGUGAAGGCCGGCCAUACUAUAGCAGCUGCAGGCUUUGGAGCAGGUCUUACUUGGGGUUCUGCAAUUCUCAGAUGGGGAUAAAACCUCAAUUUUCCAGCCAACCACUCAUACAGAAGAGUGAAAAUUUUGAGAUGAUUCCGCAUGUCCUGCAGAUUCUUCAUCUAGUUAUCCCAACCGGGGGAAAAAAAACAGCAUAUUCUCCAUCAGGCCUCCUUUUGUUUGGUUGCUUUUAUUACAAUUUUAGCUUUGGAACCCUAAAAAAUUUAAUUCUUUUUCUUCAGUCCAAUAAUGUAAUUGUUUU